GUUUUUGUUUUACUUUUUCUUUAUUUAUUUGUUUGAUUUCUUACUCGUUCUCCGUUUGCCUCACAGAAUCAGAGAAUUUUGCAAUUUUGUAUUAAUUAAAUUGAUGGUUUUUAAUCCCAAUUCUCAUAUUUCGGUGGCUGAUUUUUCUCUCUCAAAAAUUUCACUCUCUCUCUCUCUAAACCUCGUGGUCGGCGGCGAUCACAGCAGCAGCCAUGGCUUUCAGAGGGGGAAAUGCUUCGUCUGGCAUGGGUGUGGAUGAGCAUAGUAAGAGCACAUUCCUCGAACUCCAGAGGAAGAAAGUUCACCGCUAUGUGAUUUUUAAGAUUGAUGAGAAGAAAAAAGAGGUUGUGGUUGAAAAAACCGGAGGCCCUGCUGAGAGCUUUGAUGAUUUCGCCGCCUCUAUGCCUGAGAAUGAUUGCCGAUACGCCAUUUAUGACUUUGAUUUCGUCACUUCGGAGAAUUGCCAAAAGAGCAAGAUAUUUUUCAUUGCAUGGUCGCCAUCUGUAUCGAGAAUCCGAGCUAAGAUGCUGUAUGCAACAUCAAAGGACAGGUUCAGAAGGGAACUGGAUGGGAUUCAUUAUGAGAUCCAGGCAACUGAUCCAAGUGAGAUGGAUCUUGAAGUUCUUAGAGAGCGUGCACAUUGAGCACUUGCUAAAAGAGUUUGUCAUCUCAAAGAAAAGAAACCCUCUUCAGCCUCAGCCUCAGCCUCAGGGAGUUUCUUCUGCUUAUUUUUCACUAUAAUAUGUUCCAUGUGUGUACAAAUUUAGCUUGAUUACUAAAUAAAUAAAUAAUGUUUUACCUUGGGAAGGCUGAUAAGGGGGGCUCUCUUCAAGGCUCUAGCUAUUUUCUCUGUGCAGGAACAGACAUUUGAGCUUUCCUCAUUUGCAUGAUGCUUCCCAGGUGAUGUUGGGUUCUGGUUUGUGAAUCGAAUACUUUUAUAAUAAAACAAAUUCUUUAUUUACAA